CGCACGGACAGCGGCGCCGCCCACGGGCAUGGACGGAGGUAGCUGCAGCAGCGGUAGCGGUCCGGCUCCCGGCCCAGGUCCAGAAGGGGAGCAGCGACCCGAGGGAGAGCCCUUGGCCCCAGAUGGAAGCUCCCCGGACAGGUCCCAGAGCAAGGCCGUGGCCCCUGCAGCAAGCCCAGAAAGAAGCUGCUCCCUCCACAGCUGCCCCCUUGAGGACAUUUCCAGUUCUUCAGGACCUCCACCAGUGACUUCUACCCUCCAGCCUGUGGGCCCAUCCAGCCCCUCGGCCCCUGCCCUCUUCACUUAUGCCCGGGCACCACAGGAAUACCGGGGUGGCACUUCCCUGCCCGGGCUUGGGGACCGGGCGGCUCUGUGCUCCCAUGGCUCCAGCUUCAGCCCUUCCCCAGCCCCCUCACAGCACGAUGGGGCCUGGAAGCCGCCAUCUGUGCAACACCAUGUGGUCAGCGUCAGGCAGAAGCAGGCCUUCCAGAUGCCAAAGAGCUAUUCCCAGCUGAUUGCUGAGUGGCCAGUGGCAGUGCUGCUGCUAUGUCUAGCUGUCAUCCUCCUCUGCACCCUGGCUGGACUCUUAGGGGGCCACCUGCCUGACUUCUCCAAGCCCUUGCUGGGCUUUGAGCCUCGGGACACAGACAUCGGGCGCAAGCUAGUGGUCUGGAGAGCACUGCAGACCCUCACGGGCCCCAGGAAGCUGCUUUCCCUCUCCCCAGACCUUGAGCUGAACAGCUCAAACCCGCAUACCACUCUGAGCCCCGAACCCUGGAGCAGUGCCCAAGAGGGCAUGGUCCGGCCCCGGAGGAUGGUGGAGCCCCUGGAGGACAGAGGGCAAGAAAGCUUCUUCUGCGGCCCCCCUGAAAAGAGCUAUGCACAGCUGGUGUUCAUGUCCACCUCCGCGGGCAGCCUGUGGAACCUGCACGCCAUCCACUCCAUGUGUCGCAUGGAACAGGACCAGAUCCGCUCCCAUUCCCACUUCGGGGCUCUGUGCCAGCGCACAGCAGCCAAGGAGUGCUGCCCCAGCUGGUCCCUGGGCAACUAUGUGGCCGUGCUCUCCAACCGCUCCUCCUGCCUGGAUACUACUCAAGCAGACACAGUCCACACACUGGCCUUGCUUCGGGCCUGUGCCCUCUACUACCACCGUGGUGUCCUAGUGCCCUCUUGUCUGGGACCAGGGCAGGAUAAGCCCCCACGCUGUUCCCAGGUGCCCACCAAGUGCUCCCGGAGCAGUGCUGUGUACCAACUUCUGCACUUCCUGCUGGACAGGGACUUUCUGAGUCCCCAAACUGCUGACUACCAGGUGCCCUCUCUCAAGUAUAGUCUGCUCUUCCUGCCCACCCCAAAGGGUGCCUCCAUGAUGGGCAUCUACCUGGACCGCCUAGCCACCCCCUGGGAGCUCUCUGACAAUUACACGUCCAUCACCGGCAUGGACCUGGGCCUCAAGCAGGAGCUGCUGAGGCACUACCUGGCCCAGGAUACAGUGUACCCCUUGCUGGCCCUGGUUGCCAUCUUCCUCAGCACCGCCCUCUACCUGCGCUCCCUCUUCCUCACACUCAUGGUGCUGAUAGGGGUGCUCGGCUCCCUGCUGGUGGCCUACUUCCUUUACCGGGUGGCCUUCCGAAUGGCCUAUUUCCCCUUUGUAAAUCUGGCGGCCCUCGUCCUGCUCAGCAGCGUCUGCAUCAAUCACACCCUUAUCUUCUUCGACCUCUGGCGUCUCAGCAAGAGCCAGCUGCCCUCUGGAGGGAUGGCACAGCGAGUGGGCCGCACCAUGCACCACUUUGGCUACCUGGUGCUGGUCUCCGGCCUCACCACCAGUGCAGCCUUCUACGCCAGCUACCUGAGCCGCCUUCCGGCCGUGCGCUGCUUCGCCCUUUACAUGGGCACUGCUGUGCUGGUGCACCUGGCACUCACGCUGGCCUGGCUGCCCUCCUCUGCCGUGCUUCACGAGCGCUACCUGGCCCGGGGCUGCGCGGCCCGUGCGCAAGGCCCAUGGGCCGGCAGCGCACCCCGGCGGCUAGCGCUGGCGUUGCACCGGAGGCUCCGCGGGCUUCGGAGGGCAGCGGCCGGCACCUCGCGCCUACUCUUCCAGCGCCUCCUGCCCUGCGGCGUCAUCAAGUUCCGCUACAUCUGGAUCUGCUGGUUCGCGGCGCUGGCAGCAGGGGGCGCCUACAUCGCCGGCGUCAGCCCCCGCCUGAGGCUGCCUACCCUGCCUCCGCCCCGAGGCCAGGUCUUUCGGCCCAGCCAUCCCUUCGAGCGCUUCGAUGCAGAGUACCGUCAGCAGUUCCUGUUCGAGCGGCUACCUGAGGGCGAGGGGGGCCACAUGCCCGUGGCUUUGGUGUGGGGCAUCCUGCCUGUGGACACUGGGGACCCCUUGGACCCUCGCAGCAACAGCUCACUGGUAAGUGACCCUGCCUUCUCUGCCAGCAGUCCUGAGGCCCAGCGCUGGCUGCUGGCACUCUGCCACAGAGCUCGGAAUCAGAGUUUCUUUGGUGUCCAGCCCGAGGGCUGGCCCACAGUGUGCUUUGUGGAAACCCUCCAACACUGGAUGGAGAGCCCCAGUUGUGCCCGCCUGGGGCCUGGCCUCUGCUGUGGCCACUCAGGCUUCCCCUGGGCGCCGCAGCUUUUCCUGCACUGCCUCAAGAUGAUGGCUCUGGAGCAAGGCCCGGAGAGCACCCGUGACCUGGGACCCCGCUUUGACACCCAGGGCGGCCUGACUGCCCUGGUCCUUCAGUUCCAGACCAACUUCCAGUAUAGUCCGGACUAUAGCCAGUCUCACCGCUUCUACACUGAGGUCAGCCACUGGCUGGCAGCAGAGCUGCGCAGGGCGCCUCCUGGCCUCCGCCAAGGUUGGUUCACCAGCCAGCUGGAGCUGUACAGCCUUCAGCACAGCCUGAGCACCGAGCCUGCUGUGGUGCUGGGCCUGGCUCUGGCGCUGGCCUUUGCCACACUGCUGCUGGGUACCUGGAACGUUCCACUCAGCCUAUUCUCCGUGGCAGCUGUGGCAGGCACGGUGCUGCUCACCGUCGGGCUCCUGGUUCUCCUCGAGUGGCAGCUCAACACUGCCGAGGCACUUUUUCUCUCUGCCUCCGUGGGCCUCUCAGUAGACUUCACUGUCAACUACUGCAUCUCCUAUCACCUGUGCCCACACCCGGACCGCCUGAGCCGCGUGGCUUUCUCAUUGCGCCAGACCAGCUGCGCCACGGCCAUGGGGGCCGCGGCCCUGUUUGCCGCUGGUGUGCUCAUGCUGCCUGCCACGGUGCUGCUCUAUCGCAAGCUGGGCAUUGUCCUCAUGAUGGUCAAGUGCGUCAGCUGUGGCUUUGCCAGCUUCUUCUUCCAAUCUCUCUGCUGUUUCUUCGGACCAGAGAAGAACUGUGGUCAGAUCCUCUGGCCCUGUGCCCACCUGCCGUGGGAUGCCGGAACUGGGGAGCCACGUGGGGAGAAAACAGGCCGCCCACGACCAGGGCCAGUAGGAGGGCAGCCCGGGUCCUGCUCAGAGCAAUAUGAGCUACAGCCCCUGGCACGGCGCCGGAGCCCCAGCUUUGACACCAGCACAGCCACCAGCAAACUGUCCCACCGGCCCUCAGUGCUCUCUGAGGAUCUACAGCUGCAUGAUGGCCCCUGCUGCUCCCGUCCCCCACCAGCCCCUGCCUCCCCAAGGGAGCUGUUCCUGGACCACAAGGCAGUCUUCAGCCAGUGCCCAGCCCUGCAGACCUCCUCUCCUUAUAAGCAGGCUGGCCCCAGCCCUAAAACCCAGGCCAGGCAGGACUCCCAAGGGCAGAAGGCUGAGCCUGUGCAAGCCUCACCAGAAGCCCGUGCCCACGCCCCCAAGCCCAAGGCUGCAGAACCACCUGACUGCCUCUGCUCCUCAGCCAGCACCCUGGAGGGGCUCAGCGUCUCUGACGAGACCUGCCUAAGCACCUCUGAGCCCAGUGCCCGUGUGCCAGAUUCCACGGGUGCCUCUCCAGAGGACCCAGGUGAAACUGAGCAGUCAGUAUCCGAGCGGGGCCAGCUGAAUGGGAAGCGGGACACCCUGUGGCUGGCGCUGAAGGAGACUGUGUACGACCCAUCAUUGCCUGCCUCUCACCAGAGCAGCUCGUCCUGGAAGGGCCGUGGGGGGCCUGGGGAUGGCAGCCCCGUGGUUCUGCCCAACAGCCAGCCAGAUCUGCCAGACGUUUGGCUGCGCAGGCCCAGCACCCACACUUCAGGCUACAGUAGUUGAGGGAAGCCCAGGGAGGCUGGGCCAGGGUACAGAGCCUGUCAGGGAUGGCGAGGCAGGGGCAGCAUCAGGCUGGAGCCUGAUGGUGUUUCCCCAUGUCAGCAUGGAAAGGUCUCACCCUCCAGCUGUGGAUUUUAAACCCUGCCAGAUGUUCCAUCCUUGGCCUGGGCUGCUGCUUACACCCCACAUCUGGAGGAUUCAGUAGGGAAAGUCUUUGGUGGGAAAUGCCAAGCUCUCCCUGUGACCUGCUGAAAGUUCCUGUGCCCCCACAGUGCCAGCCAGGACCCACCUGGCGCAGAAGAGUCCUGAGGAAUCUCAGCAGCCCCUUGGGCCUCCCACCUUUCAGGGGCUCUUUAUCAGGAUACUUCCUUCUCUUUGAGGAGCUUCAUUGUGCCAGAAUUGGGCAGGGGGCCUGUGUCCUGAACUGCCCUGCCCACCUCACAUCUCCCAGCCUGACCGGAAGUUCAUCAAGGCCAGAGAUGGAAGGAGCGGGAGGAGCAGGAGGAGGCCGCCUGCUCAGCUGCGGAGCAUCCCUAUGAUACUGCAGGCUGGUCCCUCAUAGGAAGCUGCUGUGGCAGGGAAGGGUGGUCUCUGCUGUUAACAGAGUCCUUUCCAUCCCUGCCUCUUUCAGUUUACAGAACACUUCUGUUCCUGUUGUCUCCUUGGAAUCUCACUUCACUAUGGCGUAGCCUGCAGUUGGCCAGGUCCUUCUGCCCCCAGUUUACAGGUAAAGACAUUGAAACUAAACAAAGUGAUUUGCCCGAAGUCACAGAGCUAAUAAAUGGCAGAGCAGGUUUCCACACUCACUCUACCUCUGCAGCUCCCACUCUCCUCCUGGUGGUCACCUGCCCCAAGGACGUUGGUCUGUGGCUGUCCUUAUCUUUUGCCUCUAGCACCCUCCCAUGACCCGCCUUCUCAAAUGUCUCUGAGUAAGCUCCCCUCCCGCCUCCUUUUAAAAGGCCUGCAUCUCCAGAGAGAGAGCUACACCCUGAACAAGCCUGGAGUUCCUCCCCAUCAGUUGGCUGAGAUGCCUACUGGGCGCUGAGAUGCCUACUGGCCGCGGGGUGUCCUGGCUCUCCUGAUCUCCAGGUCCAGAGUCUGUGACAAGCCUCUUCCAUGGCCCCAGUGUGUGGAGAGCCCCUGCCGGGAGAGACACUGAGGGCAGUAGAUGUGAAGCAGAGUUCCUUUAAGGCAAGACCUCAGGGCUGUCCUUGCUGGGACUACGUGGAUCUGAAGCUAUUUGCCAGGUAGGGUCCCCAGCUUCCUAAGGACAGGUCUCUCUGGUGGCCACCAGCAGACCAAAGGGUGGUUCCUCCCCUCUAAAGCAACGAGUCUCUCUGGAAGGCUUUAUCACAUGUAAGAGCUCACGACACUCCGAGCAACAGCGAGCUUGCUGAACACCCACUCCGCACACGACACUCCAAGGAGGCAGAGGCACGGGAGGAAACAGUAGCUUCCCUCAAGGAGCUCACACUGUAACGGGGAAAACAGUUCACACGCCCAUGCAGGCAUCAGUGGGUCUCUGAGGGACAUAUGCCUGUCACCAUCAGUAUCGCUGGAGCUCCAGUACCCAAGACUGGGUAACCAGGAGAGCUUUCUGGAAGAUUUGCUUGAGCUGGGCUUCAGAAGUCUAAGUAUCUCAGACUAGAAGGAACUUCAAUGAUCAUCCAUCCAGAAGUUUUCAAACUCUGUAGCCUCAGGACCCCUUCUUCAAAGAACUCUUGUGUGGGAACACAGUAUAUAAAACAGACACAGAGCAGCCACUCCAGGGGGUGCCAGGUGGGAGCAAACAGAGCCGGCUCACCUCCCCUUCCACCGCACUUCUCUGGGAGCCCGGGAGCCGUCCAACUCCUGAAGGCUCCGCCGAGUUUGGUGCGGAAACUGAUUCAGGCCAUUUGACAGAUGAAUGUCACAAAAGAGAAGGGAGUUUUCUAGGAAGAGUCUAUGGCAGAGCUGGAGACAAAUCAAGGAGUGGUUUGUUUUGUUUUGUUUCUGUAUUGUUGAGACUCGCCUCCCGCACCAAGUCUCCCAGGGACAGAAACCCCAGUGAGACACUGGAGUUGUGGAAGACACAGAUGACCAUGGGCAGAAUGACAGGACCCUUUACUCUGCGAGACAAAUAAAUCAAACCCAUUCGACUCCUAGGAAAGGAGGCAGUGACUAAGAUGUCACCUGGAUCUCUUUCCCUGUCUCAGCCUCCCUGGUCUAGGGCUGCUCAUCAGGGUCCUGCCUUCUCUGCACCGAAGACUGGGUCCUCUGUUAGCACACAGCCAGGCCGUGAGAGCCCUGGUCUCACCUGGGACAAUCAGCCCUCUAGAGGGAGGACAGGUGAGCUCUUCCUUUCAAGCAUGAGCAGAAGUCUGGCCUUGACUCAAAAGAGAGUCCAGCAUCUGAGUUGCUUCUCAACAGCUCACCGAGGCCCUUUUGCCCCAGGUUGUGGGAGGGCAGCAGGGACCUGGACCCAAAAGACCUGCUCCUCCACACCCUUCUUCGUGUCUUACAAAGGAAAACAUUGGUGUCUGGGACUGGAGCUUCAAAAACCUUGCCUGAGCACAACCGCUGAAAUGUUAGAGCAUGGGGCGGAGGGUCACAGGGGGUUGGGCACGCCUGAGGACGCCAUCAGGGACUCCCGGGUCUCAGUCUUGCAGGCCACGGCCGUAAAACCCUAUAGGAGGGCAGAUGUGCCAGAGCCGUCAAGGUGCUGACUAGAUUUGCCCUUUACUGCUCCAGGCCCCAAGGACUGGAAAACCAGGGGCAAUCAAACACUUCACCUUGCAAUGAGAAUGGCCCACAGUGACAGCAGUCGCCCUGCUUCAGUGAGUAACCCAGCCCACCUCUCCAGCCCCAAUUUUGGAAGGCAGGACUUAGCACUUUCAAUUUCCUUUGACUUUAGCAGAUCUAUUCUCUUCAUUAUCAUUGUGGGUGGUCACAGUGAGUGUGUGGCCCUGGACACCUGUGGGGAGAGGCUUAGAAGCGUGCCAUGAGGCAGGGAAACCAGUCGAAGCAUUUAUGUUUGCUCUGGAAAAUCCAAGAAAUGGUUUCUUAGCUAGCACUGAGAUGCUUUACAAUAGAACUAUGUCAUUUGGGACUUGAGUAUCUCUCCUAUUGGUGCCACAGAUGCUUGAACUCACGCUCAGAGUAUGUGGGCUGUGUUUUUAAAAUGUAACUUGGUAACAUUUGUGACAACGGGAAAGCCCAUCCUUCCAUGGCUGUGGCACUUUGAUGAUGAUGGUGGUGGACACGGAUUGAUGUGACUGGCCAAAUGUUAGAUUUUACUGGCACACGGCGUAUCCCAUACCAUGACAUCUAGUCAAUAUCCCAGCCUGAGCCUGAUUUUGAAAGAGACAGCUUCUAAUUCUCCUAAGAGAUUUAGAAGCCAAACUUCCUCAACCCCCUCCAACUCAUUUCAUUCUCCCAGUGCACAACAGGGCAGGGAGACAGCUGAGGGGUGUCGGGAAGGAGGAUAAUACAUUGAUUUGUUGUAUGACCUUCACUCACUGUCCAGAGAGUUUCUGAUCUUUUCUGCCACGGUGGCCUCAUCUCAGCCUUUGAUAACACACACGGGCAAUGACAGGCUCCCUGGCAUCCCAGGCCACUCGUCAAGAUCCUAUUUGCUUGGUAACAGCAAAAACAGACAUUCCUCACCCUUUCUACCCUCACCCUUGUUCCCAGGGGCGACGGUAACUCAAGGUCUGGAGGUGUUUAUGCUUAAGGGAAGAAACUGUAACACAAUU